AUGGUAGAUAGCUGCAUGGUCGCAUACGCAAUUACCCAGAGCGCGGCCACUAAUAAAGAAGACAAAGCCCCUAUUGAAAUACAAACAUUCUCUCUUCCAUGCAAUGAGGGAGCCAACGUACUCAACAAGAACAAUUGGCAUAGUCUCAGCGAAGACUUCGACAUCGAUACUUUUGGGGGAAAGGUCGCGUCUGGUUUUAAGAAUGUUAAGUUAAGCGUUGAAGCAUAUGGAGAUUUGAUAGGGCCGGGGCAUACUCCUGUCAUCAAGAUUGGAAAUGAUGAGUUGACGGUUACGAAUACAAAUACCGUACCGACCGACUGGGUAUCGUCUGAUGGGUUCCAGGGGCAGGUACUUUGGGUGGCUAGUUAUCCUUGCAAGGACUAG